AUGUUGACCAAUUGCCUGUGGCACAGCAAUCGCUGGAAAUCCCACAAAUACCGCCCGACGGCCUGCCUCGUCUUUGGUGGCAAUGUUUAUCCGGUUUUGGUGGAUGGUGCGCCCAUGCAGGCACCCGCCGGUGCUCAACAGGCUGCUGCUGCCGCCCAGCAAGGCCAAUCCAUGGCCCAGCAACCAGUCAGCGCGCCAGGACAGAAGCAGCAGCGACCACGACAGCGGCAACAAUGCCAGCCGCCACGGAACUCCGAGCCCGGUGGUUUUCCACUGCAACGCACUGCACCCAACAUUCCUACAUGCAACAACAGGGGGCAGCAGCAGCAGCAGCAACAGUUCCAGCAGCAGCAUCAACUCCAAUCAGCCAUGGGCGUCCAUUACAACUACGGAUACAUGACCAAUGGCAGCGAUAUAGAGGGCUGGAGCGGGUACGUCAUGAUGUCGCCAACGGAUGCAAAUAAUCCGUACUCAUUUGGCUGGAGCGCCACGGACUGGUGCUGUCAGAGAGUGUGACAUAUUCGGUGGCCAAAAGUUGGAAUA